AUGAAUGCUCAAAGUGUAGCCUUGGUAAUCAAAUAGAACGUGAAAGUCUCACAUUUAUGUUGACACAAAGUAGGAAGCACGGAAAUCAUUCAGUCUAACAUAUAGCUCUAUAGUUUGUCUUCCACAUUAGAAAAAAAGCUAACUCGUUAUACAAAUGAGUCAGUCUAGUCUAACUCACCUUAUCGGUGAAGCUGGAAAAUCUUGCCAAAUGCAAGGACUACCAAGUUCAGUUUCUCCAUCUAAUGUUAGCUUUUCUCCACAGAAGGCGCAUAAACAGAAAUUCUCGGUUGGACCCGAACCAACAUCUUUACAGCUCAAAAAAAGAAUAUGCAGGAGUGUGGAACGAAAUGUUAUCGAGGAAAUUAAUCUCCAUCAGACAUGUAGAGAUGGUAUGUAUGACGCCGUGCAGGUUCUCCUUUCCGAUGGAUCACGUGACGUCAAUAAAAUAGACUCUUGUGGCUUCAGUCCUCUUCACUACGCGGCCAAGUAUAAUCACGCUGACAUCGCAUCGCUCCUGUUGGACCAUGGUGCAGAUCCAAGCCAGUUUAACCUGUAUGAUACGAGAAAACUCACACCACUUCAGAUAGCGUGUUGGUUCAAUUCUCUAGAAGUUGUACGCGUACUCCUUACCAGUGGUCCCAAAGGCCCCGAAGAGGAGGGGUUUGAACAGCGGGCUAUUCACUGCGCAGCCGCAAGAGGAAGCCUCAAGAUUGUUGAGGAAUUAUUACUUGUUGGGAAGGUCGACCCAAAUGCCAUCGACAAAAUCGGGUUCACGCCUCUGCACAUCGCAGCAUCUAGAGGACGAGAAAAAAUUGUCAAAGUAUUGGUGGAUCAUGGAGCAGACGUUACCAUCCAAGACCAUGACGGUAACAUGCCCACACACAUAGCAGCUCGUGAAGGCCACGCAGCCACCCUCAAGGCUUUGCUUCAAUCAGUCAGUGGGAAAGCCAUAUCGAUGGAGCAUGUUCUCCGGAGCAAUGGCACAGGCUCGUGUCUGCAGUUAGCCACAAGAAGAUCAAACGUAGAGGCAGCAAAGGUUUGUAUCGAGUUUAAAGCAAGUACAUCGGCUAACUUGGACGAUACAACUCCUCCCCUCCACACAGCCUGUAUCCUUGGAAACAUGGAGCUCUUGAAAAGCAUAGUAUCCAGUGGCGCUUCGCUGGAGGCCGAGGACAUCGAAGGGAUGACUCCGAUUCUCAGAGCAUGUCUGAACGGCAACGUGGAAAUUAUCGAAUACUUGAUCAAUGAGGGUGCCAGUCUGGAGGCAGAAGUGGACGCACCCUCCCCUCUCAUGUGUGCCGUCAAGAGGGGGCAUUCCGACGCCAUCCGCUUACUUCUUAGGAGAGGCUCAUCGGUGUUUGUUCGGGACUUACAUCAAAGAACAUGUCUACAUGUGGCAGUUUGGAGUGACAAUGAAGGAACACUGGAUAUAUUGUUGGAAGAUUGUCUCGCUCUUAUCAACAGUCGUGAUAAGGAGUGUAACACGCCCCUUCACUAUGCCGCUCUCAAUGGCAACCUUAAGAUGAUUCUCAAGUUAUUGGACUCGGGAGCUGAUAACAAUCUUGGCGAUGACGAAGACAAGCUGCCCAUACACCUCGCAGCGGAGGUUGGUGACCUGGAAUGUUUCAAAGCUUUAUUUGACAUCAACCCGGAGUCUAUCCACGCUACAGAUUACAGGCUCCGUACACCUCUAUACUAUGCUGCGCUGGAAAACCACACUGAGGUAGUUAGCUUCUUGAUUGAAAACGGUGCCCACGUUAACAUAAGGGAUGAUGAUCGUCUUAGCCCACUGUUAGCUGUUUGUCGAGAAAGUUCUGUAGACAUUGUUGAACUUCUACUAAAUCAUGGAGCCAAUCUUGAAUCGCUCAGUAAGAAUCGGGCGACGGCGCUGCUUGUUGCUUCAUUCUACGGCAACUCACAUGUUGUAAGGACACUUUUGAACAGAGGUGCAAAAAUUGAAGUCGACGAAUCGCCAUUUGGUAAAGGCUGCCUUGAAGCCGCGAUGCGUGGUGGCCAGAAAGAUACGUGCAUGGAGAUAAUAAAACAUAAAAGAUGGCGAGAUGCGCUAAAGGUCAAAGAUCAUGAGGGAUUCACGUGCAUGAAGGGGCUGAUAGAAAAGUACCCGGAUGUAGCCAAGGUCGUACUGGAUAAGUGUGUAGUGUCUUCCAAUUAUCCUCCUACAGACGAAAAACACUCGAUAACUUAUAACUUCGAGUUUCUGAGCAUACAUCCAGACGAAAGGAUAUAUACGGGAUGUGACACUUACUUUGGUCCACUGACUAUGUUACAAAAUGGAAGAAGUGAACUUCUUCUUCAUCCAGUAACGAGGGAGCUCUUGAGGGCAAAAUGGAAUGCUAUUGCCAAGUACCAGGUGCUGUUUGCGUUAUCGAUGUAUAUUACAUUUGCCAUCAAUUUUACGCUUUACAUCAUCUGUUUUGGACAAAUAAACCCCAAUACUGGAAAAAUGAUUUCUUAUGACUACCCGUUUUGCAGAGAUGAAGUGAUGAACUAUCAGUCUUUGGCGGUUUCUUUAUUCUCUGGAAUAUGGCUUCUUACUCAUAUGUAUCGAGCACUAAGAGAGAGAUGGAACUACAUGAACCGCGACAGCUUGGUCGAAGUGGUGAUGCUGUUGUCUUGUCUCAUGUCAUCCGCAUUCGGUGAAUACGUACUCGUACUGGACCAAAAAGAGCAGUUUACCUGGGGUAUCUACUCCAUUGUCGUCUGCUAUAUAGUGCUUCUUUUCUAUAUACAAACGGUUUUUGAUUCUGGAAUAUACGUGACCAUGUUGUUUGUUGUGCUUAAAUCUCUAGUGAAGGUUUUUGCAAUUUUUCUCAUUCUCAUUGUAGCAUUUGCUCUCGUCUUCACUUUCUUGCUCUAUAAAGGAGAAGAACUGGGAAAUAUUCAAGGUCCUAACAACACGACAAUAGUAAUUAAGCAUCCAUUCAAUAAUAUCUGGAGCGCGGCCGUAAAAGUCAUGGCCAUGAUGAUUGGUGAGCUGGAGUACACAAGAUUCUUUGUAGAACAGGAUAAUGAUAGCCCACCCUUGACUAUCUUCAUCUUUGUGGUCUUUUGUCUUUUGCUACCAAUCGUACUAAUGAAUCUACUCAUUGGUUUGGCAGUUGGCGAUAUAGAGUCCGUACAGAAGAACGCCGAGCUCAAGCUACUGACAAUAAAGAUUGAGGUCAUUUACGCUACAGAGCAACAACUUCCAGCAUUCAUUCUACGAUAUUUUUACAAGCCAUCUGUGGUUCAAUACCCGAAUAGGUCGCGAGGAUGGUGCUCCAAAUGUAUCGAGGCUGUAGGUCACAGGUUGUCUGGAAGCUCCAGUGACAAAGAUGAUAUGGCAGAGGACACAGAACAAACAGAAAGGGAUUCAUUAGAGAAACUCGUGACUAAAUUAUGCGGGCAAAUCAAGGAACAAGAUAAGAGGAUGGACAAACUUGUUAGCGAUGUUGAACAGCAAAGGACGAUAUUGGAUCAAAUAGCAGAUAUUGUUUUCAGAGAAAGCGACAGCCGUCUCUAACAGGAUGCAAAACCAUUUCAUUAAAUGGAAAAUUGAAGAGACUGGUAACGAAAUCAACUCGCUGAGAAUUGUGGGAAAAGAGAAGCUGAAAACGUCUCUUUAUCAACGCCAUCUCUUUUAAGUAGACUUAAAAGUCUUUUAGCAAAUGUCUCACACUACCUGAGAAAACGAGAGAAAAUGAAUAAUUAAACAAAUAGGAGACGAAGUCGGCAGGUUGCUUGAAAA